AUGUUGGCAAUAAUCAGUGUCGGAGUUGCGGUACUCGCCGCUUUGGUGUAUAUUGGAUUUACAAAAACACUUCUAGUGUCUGGCGUUCUAGCUGUUCUCUAUACACUUAAAUAUCACAAACGAUGGUGUUAUGUCGCCCUUAAAACUGCUCCGAGAGAUCUAAGAGCCCUUUAUUGUUAUAUAAAGAUAUUAUUAAUAACAAGAAAAUUCAUGAGAAAAGAUUACACUGUACCAGACAUAUUCCAUGAAAUUGUGCUGAAGCAUCCUAAAAAACCAUGCUUCUUGUUACAAGAUGAAGUAUGGACAUUUGAAGAGGUUGAAGAGUUCAGUUUGAGAGUAACAGCUGUACUAAAAUCAAAAGGUGUUAAAAAAGGUGACAUAGUUGGUCUUCUCGUGAACAACAGUCCUCAAAUGCCAGCACUAUGGCUCGGCAAUGCACGGCUUGGUGGUAUUACACCACUUAUCAAUACAAAUCAGCGAGGAAAUGCUUUGAUACACUCCAUAUCAAUUGCUAAAUGCAAUGUUCUCAUAUUUUCUGAUGAAUAUUUGUCAGCAAUCCAGGAUGUUUCAAGUCAGCUCGAUCCUAAGUUGAAGUUACUUAAGUUUACGCAUCGUCCUUUAAAUAAAAAUCCUGUUGAAGUAAAUGCUAGUGGCGAUGGUAUUGAAGAUUUGACGGAUUUACUUGAAAGGACCCCUCCUGCACCAUGGACGUUGGCUGAUGCCAAUGGAUUUCAAGGAAAACUAUUAUACAUUUACACAUCGGGUACAACCGGUCUACCAAAAGCAGCUGUAAUAUCAAAUUCAAGAUAUGUAUUCAUGGCGUGUGGUCUUCACAACUUCAGAUUGAAUUCUUCAGAUGUUGUGUACUGUCCUCUGCCUUUAUAUCACACAGCGGGCGGAGUAGUUAGUGUGGGCCAAGCCUUAAUAUUUGGCUGUACAGUUAUAUUGAAAACCAAAUUCUCUGCUUCCCAAUAUUUCCCCGAUUGCGUCAAAUAUAAGGCUACGGCAGCUCAUUACAUAGGAGAGAUGUGUCGCUACGUGCUCGCGACCCCACCUUCCCCGGCGGACAGGAGUCACAGAGUACGGCUCAUAUACGGCAACGGUUUGAGGCCACAGAUCUGGACGGAGUUUGUGAAUCGUUUCAAUAUCAAGUACGUCACUGAGUUCUACGGAGCGACGGAAGGGAAUGCUAAUAUCGCUAACUCUGACGGCACUCCUGGCGCAAUUGGCUUCAUUUCCCGCAUCUUUCCGGCCGUGUAUCCCAUCGCUAUAAUCAAGGUUGAUCAGGAAACUGGGGAACCCAUUAGAGACUCCAGAGGACUCUGUCAGAUUGCUCAACCGAAUGAGCCUGGUGUAUUCAUAGGGAAGAUAUCACCAAACAAUCCUACAAGAGAGUUCCUCGGGUACGUGGACCGCAGCGCCUCGGAUAAGAAGGUGGUCAGGGAUGUGUUCACUCAUGGAGACUCAGCAUUCAUAUCUGGUGACAUCUUAGUGGCUGAUGAGUUCGGCUACUUAUAUUUCCGUGACCGUACCGGAGACACGUUCAGGUGGCGCGGAGAGAACGUCAGUACUAGUGAGGUGGAGGCUGCCAUCUCUAACGUGGCCAACCAUAGAGACGCUGUUGUCUAUGGUGUUAUGGUUCCAAACACCGAAGGUCGUGCUGGUAUGUGUGGCAUCGUUGAUACUGAUGGUACCUUGGACCUAGAUAAACUGGCCAAGGACCUAUCAAAUGACCUGCCUCCAUACGCCCGACCCGUCUUCCUCAGAGUUAUGACCAGUCUAGAUAUGACCGGUACGUUUAAAAUGAAGAAGACAGAUCUUCAGAAGGAAGGCUUCGACCCCAGCAAGGCUAAGGGCGACAAACUCUAUUACCUGGAUAUGAAACAAUGCAAGUACCUCCCGCUUAACGAAGACGAGUACAACAAAAUUAUAGAAGGACAUAUCAGAAUAUGA